AAACCAAAUCAAACCAAACACACCCUAACGUAGCAAUCCAACGCAAAUCAACAACAUAUCCCCCUUUUGUUUGCUAUCGAAAACAAAAGAGAACCCCCCUUCUCUCUCGUUCUCUUUCCAAACAUUAUUUUAUCUACAAAAUUCUCAAAUAGAUCAUCAUCAUCAUUACCCAUCAAUCAAUUCAAACCCAUAUAAAAUGUUGUUUAUAUAUCAAUUAGGCUUUGGUUAAUCUUUCAAAGUAUCCAUCUUUUCCAUCAAUUUUCUCCAAUUAACAAAACCCUUUUUCUUGAUCCUAAAUCACAACACACAAAAAUACAUAUACAAAAAUCCCUAACUUUUUUUAAUCUUGUAAUCAAAUGGGGUUUUUUAGUUGAAUAUAAAGUUACAAUCUUUGUUGUUAGGUUGUGUUUUUGGGCCAAAAAUUUUUAGUUAAGAAUUUGUAGCUUUGAUAGUUAGAUUUUUGAUUAGGAGUGAAAAUGAGCUUAGAAAUUGAAGAUGAUAGCUUAGUUAUGGAAGUUUCGGCAUCAGUUAGAGAACCCGAAAAGAAGGCAAGAAUUUCAUAUAGUAGAGAUUUUUUACUUUCUUUUAGUGAUUUGGAAAUCUGUAAGAAGUUGCCGAAUGGAUGCGAUCAGUCGGUCUUAAGUGAACUUGAAGAUAGUGUUAAAGAACAACAGCCUAGAACUCAUGGGGGUAUACCGAUACAAGGUUUUCGUCGUAAUGAUUAUAGCUCUUCACCACCUACUCGGGGUAAUUCGAUAAGUUAUGGCAGAUGGGAUAGUCGGUCUUCUGGAUGGAGUGAUAAAGAUAGCGAUACACAAUCUGAGGUGGAGCCAGAUUCUGGAAGGCGUGGUUUUGGAAAUCAAUCUCGACGACCUUGGCAGAACUCUGAGCAUGAUGGUCUUCUUGGUAGUGGUUCUUUUCCAAGACCCUCUUCAUUUACGGGUGGCACCUCUGGUCCAAAGGGCUCCACAAAUGAACAACAUCAUCUUAAUAGGAGUAACGAGGCAUAUCAGCCACCCCGUCCUUUCAAGGCCGUGCCACACACCCGUCCGAACACCCAUGACUCGUUCAAUGAUGAAACAUUUGGUUCCAGUGAGUCUACAAGUCAGGACAGAGCAGAAGAAGAAAGAAAGAGAAGAGCUUCUUUUGAGUUGAUGAGGAAGGAACAGCAAAAAGUGCUACAAGAAAAACAGAAAUCAAGUGCAAAUAAGCUUAAAAGUGACGACUUUAGCGACCUCAUCUUAGAGGAGAUCAAGGAAGAAGUGCUUGAAUUGAAUUCUGCAGUUCAAUCUGUUCCGAAGGAUGAUCCUGGGAAAUCAUCAAUUCUGUUGCAGUCUUCCAAACCCCGACCACUUGUACCACCGGGAUUUAAAAGCACAAUUUUGGAGAAGAGUUCAACCACAAAACCAAUCUCUUUUACUGACAAAGAGCAGAAUCCUAAACCUGGAAUAGAGGAAAUCCAUUUGCUUGCCAAGGGCAACCACACUCAAAAUGGAACUCUAGAUAACCAGGUUAUGGGAAUAUCUGGUUUUCCAGAUGCCCACGAAGCUGUCGAUGGUGAAGUUUUUCAACUUAUGGCGAAUAAAAUUACUGAAAAUAAAAUUCUCAGCAACUCCGGUCAGGAAAGUACAACAUCCAUCCUUGGGAAAUUUUUUGGCAGCGGUCCGACAAUUAAAGAUGGUGGUUCUACAGGUCUUCUUGAGCAGAAGAGUAAGUCAGACGAUCCUUUGAGUCCCCACAAUGUUCAAUCUUCUAGAUUUGCUCAGUGGUUUAAUGAGGAUGAAAAGAAACCACUGAAUGAUAUCUCAUCUAACAGACCCAAUGACUUGCUUUCAUUGAUUGGUGGUGGCGACAAAGGUAUCAUAUCUACUGACCCAAUUGCACCAGAAUUAUCCUACCAGGGAUUUGGAAUUGCCAAGACGCCCUCAGACUCCAUCCAUUUGUACAACAAUUUUAGGCAAGAGCCUGCACCUCCAGUUGCUGCAGUGCUUACUUGUGAAGACCUUGAACAGACUAUAUUGUCAGAAUAUAGUGAAAAAAGUUUGAGUUCGCAGCCACCAGUUACCAAUUGGAAUGUAUCUGGCCAAGAAAACGUGGAUGCUAGAGUAGUCGACAAUCGUGCAACCAAUCACUUGCUGUCAUUGUUACAGAAAGGAACUAGCGUUGAUGAUACCUCCAAUACAAAUGUUGAGUCAUUGGAGGACCAUCAUCACAAGUUAAAAGACGCUAAUCAGGAAGGUAGUUUGAGUCAGAAUCUAUCACUUGAAGCACUUUUUGGGACUGCUUUCAUGAAAGAGCUGCAGUCAGCUCAAGCACCUGUUUCUGCCCAGAGGGGCUCGGCUGGGUCUGCUAGAAUUGAUAUGUUUGAGUCUCGUGAGCUAUCUGUCCCGGUGAUGAAUGGCCCUUUGUCUUCUAGUGUGGAUGGAAUAGGACCUAACAUGAAACUGCCUACCAGACCAGAAGAAGGUGAAAGCUGGUUAAACUUUGAUGGUCAACGUGCCGAUGCUGACCCGUUAGAGAUCCAAAGGGGAUUGCCCAGAUUGGGUAAGCAAACCGUUGGGAUGGGUGAAAUCCAGCUGCCUGAAGAGGAAAGCUUGAUUGCGGUUGCUGAUCCUGCAAAUACCUAUAACCAAAAUAUAGGCAAAUUGUUACCUUCGGAUGUGGCAUUUGAUAUAUCAGAGAAACUGGCGGCCCUUAAUUCUGGUUUUAGAGGUGGUCAGGAAGGUAGUCGCUUUGUUCGUGGGCCCUAUGAUAUAUUGGACCCUGAAAGACAAUUUAAUAGUAAUCUUCAUGGCCAGGCUUCAUCUCCUCAAAUGCAUGCAGCCCAGAUGAAUCAUAAUAGGCGGCCAAUGUUUCACCCUAUAGAUCCUAUGAAUUCCCAGAUGAGAUAUCCCGAGCAUCUUAAUCAACAAUUUCCAACUCGUCCUUUUCAGCACCCAGAUGCUAGGGUAACUGGUUUUGAUGUUCCUGUUCAUCCUCAAAUGUUGCCUCCUCAAAUGCGGAUGCAAGGAAAUUUUCCGCCAAAUCAAUUGCUGCAUGAUCUUUCUAGACCAUUGCAUCCUAACAAUCAGACAUCCAAUUUUAUGCCAGAUAGGGAAGCAAUGCAUGGAUUUCCAUUCGCUCAUCAACAGACCAACAUUGGGGGGCUCGGUAUGCCAUUACCUGUUCCAGAUGGUAGCAGCGGAAGCAACCAUCCUGAAGCAUUUCAGAGGAUGAUGGAGAUGGAACUGAGGGCCCAGUCAAAGCAACAUAGCCAAGGGGUGUAUGGGGGGCCUGAGCUGGAUAUGGGUUUCCGAUACAGAUAGAGGGUAAGCAGAUUAUAUCAUAGGCGUCAUAGUUGAGUCAUGUACAUGGGAUGUUUUGUGCUACCUGAAUCCAUUUGUAGCUGCUGAGUGUGUCCAGGUUAGCGUUGUGUUUGUUACCGCUACUUUGGAACCUGAAGAAAACAGUAACGUGGAACUUGUUUUCUGGCAGUCUUUUUUGUGAUUUUAGAUUGUUGGACUAAAGGUUUCUUCUUGUUAAGGUUCCAGCCUUCGAUACCAUCAAGAGAUUUGGAAUGUAGAUGCAUGAGAUUUUAUGUUGUAAUGCAUAUUUACUUACAGGUUA